UUGGGUUAGUUCUGGUGUGUGCAGGUUGUUCUGAAUUUGCUUUCAUAUGGAUCUGAUCCCUGCAUGUGAACGGGCCAUGAGUCCUGUUGGUUUGGAUGCCAUAGUAUCAGACCUGGUCUCUGUAUCCCAAAAUGCCACUGCAGCGGGAUCCCCGGGCAUUUCUGCAGCAACCCGAACCCUGCUACUGCUCGUCUGUCUGCUGCUGGUUGCCUGGAGCCACACAGACAAGAAAACUAUACCAGGUCCUUCUUUCUGUCUGGGUGUGGGGCCCCUUCUGUCAUAUUUGAGGUUUAUUUGGACUGGUAUAGGCACAGCCAGCAACUACUACAACGAAAAAUAUGGUGACAUAGUCAGAGUCUGGAUCAGAGGAGAGGAGACUCUCAUAAUCAGCAGGGCAUCAGCGGUACACCAUGUACUGAAGCGUGGACAUUACACUUCACGUUUUGGGAGCAAGCUGGGUCUCAGCUGCGUCGGCAUGAAUGAGAGAGGCAUCAUAUUUAACAACAAUGUAACUCUGUGGAAAAAGAUGCGCACCUAUUUCACCAAAGCCCUCUCAGGUCCAGGGUUGCAGCAAACGGUGGAUAUUUGCGUCUCCUCCACACAGACACACCUGGAUGGCCUGAGGGGAGUUCUCACAGAAACAACAGCAAGUGACAGCUUGGGUCAUGUGGAUGUUCUCAAUCUGCUGCGCAGCACCGUGGUUGACAUCUCCAACAGACUCUUCCUGGGUGUACCUGUCAAUGAGAAGGAGCUGAUGCUGAAGAUUCAAAAGUAUUUUGACACAUGGCAGACUGUGCUGAUCAAACCAGACAUCUACUUCAAGUUUGAUUGGAUUCACCAGAGGCACAAGACAGCAGCUCAGGAGCUGCAAGAUGCCAUAGAGAGCCUUGUAGAACAGAAGAGGAGAGAAAUGGAGCAGGCAGAUAAACUGGACGAUAUCAACUUCACUGCAGAGCUCAUAUUUGCACAAAACCACGGUGAAUUGUCUGCUGAAAAUGUGAGGCAAUGUGUGUUGGAGAUGGUGAUCGCAGCACCAGACACUAUGUCCAUCACUCUCUUCUACAUGCUGCUGCUCCUCAAACAGAAUCCAGAUGUGGAGCUGCAGCUGCUGCAGGAAAUGGACACUGUUAUAGGUGACAGACAGCUUCAGAACAGGGACCUCCAAAAGUUGCAGGUGCUGGAGAGCUUCAUCGACGAAUGCUUGCGCUUCCACCCUGUGGUGGACUUCACCAUGCGCCGUGCCCUGUCUGACGACAUCAUUGAUGGCUACAGGGUCCCAAAGGGCACAAAUAUCAUUCUGAACACUGGCCGCAUGCACCGGACAGAGUUCUUCAACAAACCCAAUGAAUUCAGUCUGGAAAACUUUAAAAAAAAUGCUCCUCGCCGUUACUUCCAGCCAUUCGGUUCAGGCCCUCGCGACUGUGUUGGCAAACACAUCGCCAUGGUGAUGAUGAAAUCCAUCCUGGUGACGUUGCUCUCACAGUACUCUGUAUGCCCGCAUAAGGGUUUGACUCUGGAUUGCCUCCCGCUGACCAACAACCUGUCCCAGCAGCCUGUGGAGCACGAGCAUGAUGCCCAACGUCUCAGCAUGAGAUUCUUACCUAGAAAGAGGCCGCAAGCAAACACUCAAACACUCUGACUCUUUGUUUUCUUUAUGUGUGACCAAAAUUUAUACAGAAUAUAUACAUACAUGUAAGUGCAUAUAUGAACUCC